CUCCAAUUAACCACCAGAAAACUGGAAGUGGGGCCAUGGCUUACGCUUGAGCAAAAAGAGCUCAAGGACUGUGUCCAGGCCCAGACUUCAAGCCCACAACAACAAAAACAACAAAAAACAGAAAAAAAAUUACUCGUUAUCUGACUUACAAAACAGUAAUUACCCCUCUGAACAACACCUUAAUACAAUAAAAUUAUAUUAUUAAAAAAACUGAAAUGUCACUUCUGAGGAAAGUUAAAAUUUUAGAAGCAACUAAGGGUCCUUUGUUAGAAUUAAGGCCACUACUUAUUGAGUAACCAGAAAUAAAAGAAAAAUGGAUCAGACAGAUUUACUUUGAAAAGAAUUUUGUAUGGAAUCCUAUUCUUGUGCACACCUUUGCUUCUUUUGGUCAUUCUUUAGUCUACCUGACUGAACUAUUUUUGGCUACAUACUCUAGCUUCACCUACUUUUUGUUACAUUUUCUCUUAAAAUCAGCCUUACACUGGAGUGUAUAUGCAUUCCAGACAUCAUUUUUCUAUGUAUAGUAUUUAGAACCUGCGGCUUAGCUUGACUCUCCAUUCAUCUGUUGUAAUUUGCUUUUGCUUCUAGAUUCUUAUCUCUGAAUUUGUUCUGCACCUGUUCUUCAUAUUUGGCUUCUGUUUCUGUAUCUCUAUUCUUAAAGUAAUUUAUUGGGCUUCCUUGAAACUGAUUUUCCUCAGCGUAGGUCAAGUGUGUCACUAGUUCAGAUCCUCUCCUCUCCUUCCAAGUAUAUACACUUUGAUAAUGAAACAUUUUUUAAAUCAUUGUUAUGUAGGUUCAUUUUUUUUUCUUUUUCCUUGCAGAACUGGGGUUUCACCUUAGGGCCUUGAGCUUGCAAAGGUCUGCCACUUGGGUCACACCCUUAGUCCUUUUUCUUUGAUUUAUUUUUCAAAUAGGGUCUCUUUUUUGCCUGGGACCAGCAUGAAUUCCCAUCUGUAUACUAUAUCUUCUGUGUACCUGAGAUUCAAGGCUUGAAUCAUCACACCUGGGUUAUUUGUUGUGCUAGGAUCUUGCUACUCCACUACCACCUUCUACCUUCCAGGUAGCUCAGAUUACAGACCUCCGUAAGUGAAAGCCUUCAGAGGGAAGCUGCUAAGAAGCAAGCCAUGAAACAGACCAAACUGGAAAUACAGAAGGCUCUUGAAGAGGAUUCCACUGUGUAUGAGUAUGAUAGUAUAUAUGACGAAAUGCAGAAAAAAAAGGAGGAAAAUAAUCCCAAAUUGCUUUUGGGAAAAGAUCGAAAGCCCAAGUAUAUUCACAAUUUACUAAAAGCAGUUGAGAUUAGAAAAAAGGAACAGGAAAAAAGAAUGGAAAAGAAGAUACAGAGAGAACGAGAAAUGGAAAAAGGAGAAUUUGAUGAUAAAGAGUCAUUUGUAACAUCUGCAUAUAAAAAAAAACUACAAGAGAGAGCUGAAGAAGAAGAAAGAGAAAAGAGGGCUGCUGCACUUGAAGCACGUCUGGAUGUAACCAAGCAGAAAGAUCUCAGUGGAUUUUACAGGCAUCUAUUAAAUCAAGCAGUUGGUGAAGAGGAAGUACCUCAGUGCAGCUUUCGUGAAGCCAGGUCGGGAAUAAAAGAAGAGAAGGCCAGGGGUUAUUCUGAUGAAGUAAAUUCAGAGAACAGAGUACCACAACAAAACUGCAUUCUCCAAACUGGUGUGAAAGAGGAAGAAAACCCAGAUGCUGACAGUGAUAUUGGUAGUACAAGCAGUGAGGAAGAUGAAAUGGAAAAGAAUAAAGUGAACUGCAGAAAGGAAAAGGUCACAGAGACCUCCAGGGAGCACUCUAAGCAUCAUAGGAAUCACACCCAUUCACAGUCAUCUAGUGAAGAAAGAGGGCAUAGUGCCAAACACCACACCACAAGUUCCAAGUCAAGAGGACAUGAGAAAAGGGGAGAUCAGCACCAAGUCAGGCAGUGCAGAGACCAGGAGAACCAUUGCAGUGACCGGGACCACCGAAAAGAAAGGGAUUCUUGCAGGCACCGAGAGACCAACCAUAGAGAGUCCCACUGGAAGAGGCAUGAACAUGAAGAUAAAGUGAGGAGAAGAGACCAUGGAGACAAAAGUGACAGAGAGUGGCAAAGGGAGAAAUGCUCAAGAGAACAAGAAAGAAAUAGACUACGAAGUGAUCAUGAGCGAUACAGUGAGAAGGGAGAGAAGGAAGAGAAAGCUAAAGAAAAGGAAGAUGGUAUAAAAGGAAGGAAAGAAAGAUAUGGACAUACUGACAAAUACAGAGGUAGGGAAAAACAAGAAGUAUAUGAUCAGUCUUCAGAAAGAAAUCAAGAUAGGAAGGAAAGCAGCCCAAAUGUUAGGGCAAAAGAUGAGUUUCUUGACCAGCAAAAAUCAAACAAAAUUAAAAACAAGGAAAAGGAUGAAGAAAGAAACCAAGAGAAACCCUCUAGUUCUGAGGUAUCACUAGGAACUAAACACAGACUCAUGGAGGAACGGCAAGAAAAGGAUAAGGAACAGGAAACACAAAAGGCUCUGAGCAAGUUUGCAAAGCGGAACAGUGAAGAAACUCUAAUAUCAGCGAGAGACAGAUACUUAGCCAGGCAGAUGGCACGGAUUAAUGCAAAGACUUACAUUGAGAAAGAAGAAGAUUAAUGGCUACCACAGUUGAAAGAUCUGUGGAAGCACAGAACAUUGUUAUGCCUGGAAUUGGCUUUGUAAAAGCUAUGAAUGAGUGUGUGUUAACAGUACUUGGGAAGGAAUUCAUGUUUUAGGCUUAAAUCAAAACUCCCUUUAUCUUGAAUAUUUCUGUAUAUAUUGUGUCAAUAUCCCAUUCUUAGUUCUAUCCAAAAAUCAUAAGAGUGUGCUAAAUCUGCAGGUUUGUAGGAAAAUUUUCUCUGUACAACUAACAAAAAUAAAAUGCUUUUCUAAUGA